AUGUCUUUAACAAAUUGCCGUUUCUACGAGGAGAAGUUUCCUGAGGUGGACAGCUAUGUCAUGGUCAACGUGAAGCAGAUUGCCGAAAUGGGCGCAUACGUGAAGCUGCUCGAGUACGACAACAUCGACGGAAUGAUCCUGCUUUCCGAACUUUCGCGGAGACGUAUCCGUUCUAUCCAGAAGCUCAUCCGUAUCGGACGCAACGAAGUCGUUAUUGUGCUCCGUGUCGACAAGGAGAAGGGAUACAUCGAUCUUUCCAAGCGACGAGUCUCGCCCGAGGAUGUUGCCAAGUGUGAGGAGAGAUACAACAAGAGCAAGGCGGUGCACUCGAUUAUGCGUCACGUCGCAGAGGCUACCCGGACUCCGCUCGAGACUCUCUACUCGCAGAUCGGGUGGCCCUUGGACCGGAAAUACGGCCACUCCCACGAUGCCUUCAAGAUCGCCAUCACGAACCCCGAUGUGUGGAAUGAGACUGAAUUCCCGAGCGAGGCUGUCCGGAGGGAGCUGAUGGACUACAUCGGCAAGAAGCUUACUCCCCACCCCACCAAGGUCCGUGCCGACGUCGAAGUUACUUGCUUCGGCUACGAUGGAAUCGAUGCUGUCAAAGAGGCUCUGCGCACGGCCGAAGAGCAGAACACCCCCGAGAACCAGAUCAAGGUCAAGCUGGUCGCCCCGCCGCUAUACGUCUUGACCAGCCAGUGCUUGGACAAGCAGAUCGGUAUCAAGAUGCUGGAGGAGGCUAUCAAGCGCGUCGAGAGCAAAAUCAAGGAAGUGGGAGGUGGCUGCAUCACCAAGAUGGCGCCCAAGGCUGUCACUGAGCACGAUGAUGCUGCUCUCCAGGAGCUGAUGGACAAGCGUGAGCGUGAGAACAUGCAAGUUAGCGGAGACGAAAGCCAGUCCGAGAGCGACGAGGGUGUCCCCGAGUAA